AUGCACACGCCCACACCUCGAGCCAUCGCGCCUGCACCCUCCGGCUGCCCCUCACCCCAACCCCGCAGAGAUCAGCCGAGGAUACCCCUUGACCCUGCCUGGACCAGCGGCCGCCUUGCAGCGCCCGAAUGUCACCCUGCCCCCGUCCCGGCGCCCCCUCCCCCAUCAGUCCCCACGACACCUGAGGACGCUCGCUCGCUCGCUCUCUUCCCCAAGUCUCCUCCAGAGAGAAGGGAAGUGCGAGGAGCAGCACCCGGCGCCUUGAACCCCGCAGAGCCCCCGCCCGCGCCCCAGAGUCUCCCCAGACGAUGGGUGCGGGCACAGGGGGUGGGGUCUCUGGUGCCACCGCCCCUUACCUCGCGCAGGCCCUCCCCGCAGGUCCUGGAGGCGGGGGCGACCGGUGGCCCCGCGGACUAG